AUGUUUAGUGGUGGAAAUCGUCCAGGUAGUCGAUCACAAAAUGCCUCAAUUAAUUUUGAAACUGAUGGUGAACAAAUAGUAAAUAGUCAACAAGGAACAUUAAAAGUUGACGAUGGAAUUAAAAAUUUAUUUUUAUUUGGUUUUCGACCAUUUUCAUCGUUAAUUAAUGAUGAAAAUUCUGUUAGAAAUAAUCGAUCAUCAACAUCUUUUUUUUCUAUUCAUCCUAUUGAUUUUAUUAGACUUCAAAUAUUUGAACAUCUUGAUAAAAUUGAUGAAGGUGAACGUUGUGUUAAAGAAAUAUCAUCAUUAAGUCCAUUAUGUCAUCAAAUGUUUUAUAUGCGUGGAUUAAUAAAUGAUGCUCGUGGUCAAUUUAAAUUAGCUAAACUUAAUUAUAAUGAUGCAUUAGCUAUUAAUCCUUAUCAUUUUCCAACAUUAAUUCAAUUAACAAAACUUUUAAUUCAAAUAGGAAAUUAUUCAUUAGCUGAAAAAUAUGCAAGAGAUGCUAUUUCUAUUCAACCAUCCAAUUAUCAACCUUGGUAUUUAUUAAGUUUAUCAAUGGAAGCUCGUGGUGAAUAUGAACAAUCGGUUGAUGUUGGCGCAACUGCUGUACAGUUAGAAGGAGAUUCCCCAAUUGUUUCUUAUCAUUCGAUAAUGCGUGUUCUAUAA